GAAACUGGGCGGCCACUUUAUUAGUCGGAUUAAUUGAUAGUUCCAGUUUGGUUUCUUAAAAUGGGUCGAAUAUGAGGGGUUGUUCAAGCGCGUCCAUCUCUGGCACCUCAAUCCAAUCCGUUUUAGAUAAAUUGAAUUUAUUGGUUCAAAAAUUCUGUCAAGUUCUACCUACAGAUGCAGAGGCAUUAGAUACAAUUAUUGUGGAGUAUACGGACGCGAUACUUGCAUGGAGGGAUUCGAUAAUACGUAGCCGAUCAGCUAAGCUCUAGAGUCCCUGAGCUUUUCAAGAACUUGUCCAAGAUCGGCUGUCAAGAAUCAUGGACUGUUUUCAUCUGCCUUGUUUUCUAGACACCAUGAUUCCUGGUAACCGAAUGCUGAUGGUAAUUUUAUUAUGCCAGGUCUUACUGGGAGGUAAUGCUAGUCUGAUACCAGAGGAAGGGAGGAAAAAGUUUACCGAGCAAAACCAGGCGGGUGGACGUCGCUCUCCGCAAAACCAUGAACUGCUACGGGAAUUUGAGGCCACUUUACUCAACAUGUUCGGACUGCAACGGCGCCCACAGCCUAGCAAAUCCGCUGUUGUCCCCCAGUACAUGCUGGAUCUGUAUAGACUGCAGUCCGGGGACGAGGUCACUCACGACAUUAGUUUCGAAUAUCCUGAGAGAUCCACGAGCCGGGCCAACACCGUAAGGAGCUUUCACCAUGAAGAACACUUGGAGCUGAUGCCAGGGCAGAGGGAGGAUUCGCAGCUUCGGUUUGUGUUUAAUAUCAGCGUGGUGCCCGACAACGAGGUGCUAUCUUCCGCAGAGCUGCGGCUAUACCGGGAACAAAUCGAUAGCGUUUGGAGCCGGGCCGACGGCUUCCAUCGCAUCAACGUGUACGAGAUCAUGAGAGCCCCGAGCGAGACGGGGGGGGAGCUGAUCACCAGACUCUUAGACACCAGGUUGGUUCACCAGAACAGGACACGGUGGGAGAGCUUCGAUGUGAGCCCGGCGGUUCUCAGAUGGACCAUGCAGAAACAGCCCAACCACGGGCUAGUCGUAGAGGUCACCCGCUUGAACGGGACUAAAAGCCAGCAUGUCCGGAUCCGCCGAUCGCUGCACCAGAGGCACGGCGACUGGUCCCAGCUCCGACCUUUGCUUGUAACGUUUAGCCACGAUGGGAAAGGACACGCUCUAACCCGGAGGGUGAAACGGAGCAGCAAGGGCCAGAGACGCAAGAAAAACAAGUCGCACUGCAGGAGGCACUCUCUUUAUGUGGAUUUCAGCGAUGUGGGCUGGAACGACUGGAUAGUGGCACCGCCUGGCUACCAAGCUUUUUACUGUCACGGGGAUUGCCCGUUCCCACUGGCGGACCAUCUAAACUCGACCAACCACGCCAUCGUGCAGACCCUUGUCAAUUCUGUCAAUGCUAACAUCCCCAAGGCUUGCUGCGUCCCGACGGAACUCAGUCCCAUCUCAAUGCUCUACUUGGACGAGUAUGAUAAAGUUGUUCUGAAAAACUAUCAGGAAAUGGUUGUAGAGGGAUGUGGGUGCCGCUGAGAAAUAACAAGAAUUGAUUUUUUUAAAAAAAAAAUGUCUGGACACUAUUCAUAACAGCGUUCACCAUUACAUUAUUUAUGACUUAUGUGCAAAUGUUGACCAUAUGAUCAUAUAUUUUGACAAAAUAUAUUUAUAACUACAUAUAAAAGGAAAAUAAAAAUGAGUCAUAUUUUAAACGUAAAAUAAAUUUCUGUACAACGUCUUUGUUAACUGUAUAUUAGAAUGUAUAUGUUUAAAUUGGAAUAUAGAAUAUUGUUCAUAAAUGUUCAUGAAGUGUACUAUUUAUUAUUUUUCACUUUUUCAGUUAAAAUCACAGUGUGGAAGUGUUUUGCAGAUUUUUUUUAUCGAUCUAAGACUGAGUUCUCUUAAAGGAAAUGCUCUGAGCAUUGUCGUCCCUUUAUUGGGAAGCUGAAUUGUGUUUUUUUUAAAACAGGUUGAACGGAGGCUAGCAGACAUGAAAAAUGUCAACAAACCCGGUUCUUAUGCUAAUAGCUGUGUAUGGGUCUCUUUGGUUCGCUGAGUAACUAUUGGACAGUGAAUAGCUGGGAAGGAGAGGGUGGUCUUGCAAAAGAUGCAGUAAACGGCUGGAUCUCCUUUACAGUUUGUCUUUCAUGUCCCUGGCAUUUCAGACCCUGUGGCAGGAACACCUAGACGCAGAUCAAAUAGCUCCUUGCGCCAAACCCUGGACUAACAUUUGUCAAAUUUCUCUCGUGAUUAAACUUUAAUUUGCUGAAAUCCCCUUUUAGUGAGAAUAUAGUUGUCACCAGGGGUUACUGUAUUACGGUUUUCUCGUUUCAUCUGUGCCCUCUCUUUCCCCAGCCCAUCCCCCUUCCAAAUGGAAAAAGGUUUUGCCUUCCAGCAAAUCAUUGUCAAACGAAUGGAAGGAAGGUAGCGGGAGGGUUAGCAGAUGUUAAUCAAGGCUGCAUGCAGCUUUAAUUUUUUGGGGAUGUUGAAAUGCAGACUGCUUAGGUCCAAACUCCAGGAGAAAGCUGCAAGAGUUGCCUCGGCCUGUGCUCCCUGGAGUGUGCAGGUGGAGAAAGCAGAUCAGGCCCUCAGGCAAAAUUCAUCCAUGCUCUGCAAUUUACUCACGGCCCUGUUAGUUUUCAACUGUGGCCAACUUGGAUAAAUCUUUAAAAGGGAUCUGAUGAUUGCAUUCCCUCAGGAAACAUUUGUUUUCGUUCCACAUCAUAUCUCCUAAACUGUAUACCAUGAUGGGGGUUGGGGUAAGCGACUUUCAUGUCUGAAAUAUUUAGGAAUUUAUUCCAGCCCUCAAGUAGUCUGGUCUGCCUUGGGUCGCUCCACACAAGUGACUUUGUUCCUUUUUUUAAAAAAUGACUAGAAACAGUAUAGAAUUGUAUGCCAAAUUUAUUUCUUUACACUUCUGUCACGUAGCUUCAGAAUUAUACGUCGACUUAAAGAAAACCUAAUGUAACAAUCGCAUUUGCAACUAUACAUGUAACUGUCGUGUUUAAGAGGAAUUCAAAUGUUAGCCUUUGUUAGACAGAAAUGAGGUAGGAAAGGAUUUAAAUGGCGAGUUGGUUUGGUCAAGUAUACGCUUGCUGUCUGGGACUGAUGUUACACCAAAAUACCACGUGGAGGCAAGACGCCUUUUCCUAUUUCGAAAUCAUCCUGAUUUUUACCUUGGAAGUUUGCCUGUGGUCAACCGUUGUGUUCUAUCCUUGAAUUAUAAAUAUUUAGUAAACAGACGGAUCAUUUCUGUUUGGAGAUGAAUGCCUCUGGAAUACACAUUCGUAAGGACAAUACCUUUCUCAUGGCCAGAUAGAAAAUUUUACAUUUGGAUUCAAAACCUUGAUUGGAAUCAUUCCGCAGAACUGCUACUGUCGUAGAUGUCCUUUUUUUGUAAUGUUUCUGCCCAGAAUUUUUUUUUAAAGGAGCGAAAUUAUUUUGACUCGAUUUGGAAAAUGAAUGGUUGAGGGAAUUACCUACUUUUGAAAAUUCAGUUCUAUUUUAUAGAAAGCUUUGAUUCUCAUGUAAUGGUGUCCUUCAAAUUUGGCCCAAUUUCCUUGGUGCCCCGGCUCCAUAUUGAUUCAAUUAUAUCCAUCAUCUUGUCCAAAACAAUAAGAAAGCAUCCAGAAGGUGCCGCUUCAUUGAAUGAGAGCAGCAAGAACACCCAGUCUGCCACAGCUGUAACAGCUGCAGGGCUAGCAACGCCUCCCUAGAUCUCAGCCUCCUGUGAUACUUCCAACACAAGAAAACCUCUGUCAAACUUGUCGUCUCCCGCUGUCCGUACCGGAAAGGUCCCUCUUGCUGUGUUCGGAAUCCGGCCCCCACAUUACAGUCCUUGUGCUUCCAAAAUGACAGCAAAGGAAAUCAAUUCUCCCUUCUGCCCAACAAUCGUUGUACCUGUCCUAUCUCUCAGAGAAGGCGACUGGCCCGAGGCGGCGAUCUGCUGCCUUCUCUUUGACGCCUGCAUAUCAGGCAUAACCAAGCCGAAGAAAGAAUUUCAUUUUGAAGUAGGCAUAAGCCGAAGGGGAGUGCUCUUCAGCUGUUUUGACAGCGCAAUUACGCACAUUUCAACUGAUAGGCUUCAUGCAGAUAACAUCGCCCUGCCAUUACAAAAUCUGGAAUGGUAAUUGUCUGCUUGCUCAUUACUCCCAACACUCAAUUCUCUGAGCUACAUGGAAAACAAGUACACAUUUAUUAAAACGCUUCAGGAAAUGAAGCGACAGCCUUCCUGCAUAUGUGCAUACCUCUCUAGACUUCUUAGCGCCAUAAGCAAACGUUUGAAGCUAUUUAACUGAUUGUAACAUUACACUUUUGUAUUUCAAUUUUAGUCUUUGGUUAAAAUAUAUCUGCACCAGUCUCAUUUUCUUUAAGUCUUGCUUGCAGAACUACGUACACCCAAAUCAAAUCAUUAUUUUGUUAAAACACUUCACUUUCAAAAUCGCUUCUUUGUUCCAAUCUGUUCCAUUCAACAGGCUCCAACAUGUAGAAAGCUGGUUCAUUUCAAGCCUACUAUAAACUGUCACAGUAGGCUGUUGCGGGAAAAUAUUUGUUUCACUACAUGCUAGAUGUUCAGUUUUGUAUUGCAAGGGCACAUUGAAUACUUUUGGCGUAUGACAGUCAUCAUGUAUAAGUAAAUUUGCAUAAUUAAUAAAUGAUAAGCAACAAAUCACUUUCACAUAAUACAAUAAGGAACUCUUUCUAAAAUUGGAACUUCAUUCAAACACAAACAAGAGCAGCCUUGUAAAACUGCUACAUUUCCAAUAAAGAAUUCAUGAGCUGCAUUGAAGCAGAAACUGGGAACUCACUUGGAUUCCCUUCUGGGCUGCCAUGAAGCUCAAAGGAAAAUUCAGUCAAAUGUUUUAAUUUACUGUAUUCUUUAUUAAGUUUGAUUACCACAAAAUAAUAAGCUUCUGCUUAACAUAAAAGGUAUGAUUUGGUUUUGAGUUUAGUUUAAGGAAUAAUGAUAGUGAAGGUGAAAAGGUAUGAAAAUUUUGUACAAAAAUUUGAGAUGUUUUCUCAAACUUCAUUUGGGAUUUUGCAGAUUUUAAACCUGAGAACUCUAGGUAACAAAUACAUUCAAAUAUCAUCAAUUCAUAGAACAUGACAGUACAGUACAGGCCCUUUGGCCCUCGAUGUUGUGCCAACCUGUCAUACCGAUCUGAAGCCCAUCUAACCUACACUAUUCCAUGUACGUCCAUAUGCUUAUCCAAUGACGACUUAAAUGUACCUAAAGUUGGCGAAUCUACUACCGUUGCAGGCAAAGCAUUCCAUUCCCUUACUACUCUCUGAGUAAAGAAACCACUUCUGACAUCUGUCCUUAUCUUUCACCCCUCAAUUUAAAGCUAUGCCCCCUCGUGCUCGCCGUCACCAUCCUAGGAAAAAGGCUCUCCCUAUCCACCCUAUCUAACCCUCUGAUUAUUUUUGUUGAUGCAUAAAUUGCUGUGAUCUUCUAAACUACAAACUCAAUUCAAUUUAAUUUUUCCUUUAGAUGGAAAGUAUCAUAGUCCCACCAUAAAUUUGUCAAGUUUUUCCAUUUAACAUCAAGUUUUAGAUUUUAUUUCAAAGAUUAGCAAUGUACUUUUAUUUGUGGUUAGACAGCAAUUUUCAAGUCAGCUAAAAUAUAAAGUUAGGCCUGGUACAUAUGGUGUGAUAUCAAACCAGCAGUAAAACUGGAUUUGGAUUUUUGGGGCAUAUUUCAAAACUACCUACAAUAAAUUUAAAUAACUAGGUGAUCCUGACACCUCGAUCUUGCUGCUCUAUCUGUUUGAAAUUUUAACCAUUUUAUGCAGUGUGCCAGAUUUCUCCUGUGCCGAAUAAUUUGGUUUUAGCAAUGUGAUAUCAUACUGCUCGUACAAGUUAUAGAUUGACAGUUACAGUGAAAUGGUAGUACAAGAAUUCAAGUCACAAUUAUUCAUCAACAUAUUAUUCUCAUUACCCGGAAGCAGCUGUCUGCACAGAGGUACAUUGAGAUUGGUUUUCAUUAGCCUUCAGUGUAAAGAUCCCCUCUGCUAUGUUUUUACAAAAUUCUCUACCUGAAUUAAUUUGUUAGCACUUUGCUUUUGUGAUAACUUACAAAAUGUUAAGAGAAGGUAAUUUCAAGUGAAAUCUCAUGGAGCAUCGCCAAUGAUACAUACUUUAAAGAUGAAAAAUGGUUAACACAUUACCAAUAAAAUGUUUACUUUUGUAGUUGCUAUUUAAAAAUUUCUCAUUUGGUCAAUCCAAAUCCACGUGAUUGAUUAUAAAUGCCUGCAAUUAUUUGUUUUGGUAAAAAAAAUGGAUUCGGAAAGUAUGUGUGUGGAUUGAUGACAUGCAUAUUUAUGAGUCAGUAAAUAAAUGAGCCAUUUUAACAAAAAGUAA